AUUAAGUUUGAUCAUAUGUUUCAAUUUUCUUACUUAUGAAUAUCUUUUAUUAAAACGUUGUUUAUUUACUCUCCUGGAUUAAGUUGAUAUUUUUUAUUGUAGUAAGAGUGAAAUAUGAAGUACAGAAGUACCCGCGGUUACGCAUCUGGUUUAUCAUUUGAAGAGUCUUUACUAACUGGCUAUUUACCGGAUGGUAGCCUCCUUAUGCCAGAAACCAUUCCUUGUCUAAAUAAAGAAAAACUUCAGACGUGGUCACAUCUCUCCUACAAAGAGAUUUGUGUGAAUGUUUUCCAAAUAUUUGCUGGUGAAGAUUUUUUGUCUUCAAAAGAAUUAAAUGAACUAAUUGACACCGCAUAUCAUAAUUUUCCUGAAGAUACCGUUCCACUAACGAAACUAUACGAGGAUACGUACAUCUUAGAGCUCUUUCAUGGUCCGACUCAUUCGUUUAAAGACAUUCCCCUUGCUAUUAUUGGUCCAAUACUGAACCACGUUAUGAAGAAACGAAAUUCAAAAUGUUUGGUGUAUGUCUGCACCUCCGGAGAUACUGGAAGUGCUGUUAUCGAGGUGACUAAAGAUCUACCUCUUGUUGAUACAUUAGUUUUCUACCCCGGAGGAGAUCGCAUCACAGACUUACAACGUCUGUUAAUGACCACGGUUUCAUCCGAAAACAUUCAUGUUUUCUCUGGUGAUUUCUUCUGUGACGAAUUUGAUAAAUUCUUUUCAUCUUUUGCUCCACCAAUCAAAGAAAAGUAUCCUGAGCUAGUAGUGACGUCAUUAAAUUCGUUGGUAUGGGUACGCAUAAUGGCUCAAAUGAUCCACUUGAUAUAUGCGUAUUUUCGUGUUGCAAAAAAUUUUGGAAACGUGAAUUUUUUCGUACCGACUGGUGGUAUGGGUCACAUAACAAGUGCUGUUUUGGUGCAGAAGUUAGGUUUACCCAUAUCUAUCUCGCCUUGUUUUAACAAGAAAAACCUUAACAGCUACAGCUUUCUCCAGGGGAAAGAAUUUGUCAGCGAUAUCAACGUCACAAAAUCUCUCUCAGUUGCCAUGGAUAUUCAGAUUCCAUGCAAUAUUGAGAGACUUUUGUAUCUGUGGACAAAUGGUGACGUAGAUGAAGUUAAAAAAUAUAUGGAUGAUUUUAAAGAUGGCUCUUGCAAAGCAACUGAUGACUUACUUAAAGUUAUGCAGGAAAGUGUCACACCAUUUAUAGCAAGUGAUGACGAUAUUAUUUCUACGAUUAAGAGAUGCAAACAGGACACGAAUUACAUCGUCGAACCUCACACUGCGGUUGGGUUGACUGAACACUAUCAACGAAAUGUCGCCAGAAGUGGAGCUAGCGUGUACAUGGGAUGUGCGUCGCCAAUUAAGUUCAGUGAAGUGAUAACGUCAGCAGGUAUUGGACUUCCUGAGAAAUAUAAUGAAUACUUGAACGAGUUGAAAAGUCGAAAAAAAUUCGACCGUGAGCUGCCCAGUGAAGUUACAGGUUGGUCUGAUUUCGUCAUGAAGUACAUAGAAGAAAAUAUUAUGACAAGAUGAAGUAGGACAGAGAUAUGGCAAUGGCUGAAGUCUGAUGGAGUUAAAUUAAUAUUUGUUUAAGCAUGUAUAUAAUAUCACAACAAAGCUGGUGAGGAUGUCGUGACAGGGUCGAA